AAAACGGGCCUUAGCAGCAAUCCAGGAACGUUUACUGGACUCCUGGCCAUUUCAGCCCACGGUCUCCGCCGCAGCAUCUCCGAGAGAACCCUAGUUCCAUCCCUCCGUAUAAAUAACUGUUCUCCUCCAGAACUACCACUCUUUGCGCCGCCGCAGCCCCAAACCCUCAUCCCCCAUCAAUCUCAGGGGCGCCCCAGCCACCCCACCCUUCACUCACCUAACCAUGGCGGAGCGCGGCGGCGAGCGUGGUGGAGAGCGCGGCGGGUUCGGCCGUGGCUUCGGUCGCGGCGGGCGCGGUGACCGUGGUGGGCGUCGCGGCGGCCGCCGUGGCCCGCGCCAAGAGGAAGAGAAGUGGGUUCCCGUCACCAAGCUCGGCCGCCUUGUCAAGGAGAACAAGAUCACCAAGAUCGAGGAGAUCUACCUGCACUCGCUCCCCGUCAAGGAGCACCAGAUCGUCGAGACCCUCGUCCCGGGGCUCAAGGACGAGGUCAUGAAGAUCACGCCCGUCCAGAAGCAGACCCGUGCCGGGCAGCGCACCCGCUUCAAGGCCUUCGUCGUUGUCGGCGAUGGCGACGGCCACGUCGGCCUGGGAGUCAAGUGCGCCAAGGAGGUGGCCACCGCCAUCCGCGGCGCCAUCAUCCUAGCCAAGCUCUCCGUCGUCCCCGUCAGGAGGGGGUACUGGGGGAACAAGAUCGGACAGCCCCACACCGUGCCCUGCAAGGUCACCGGCAAGUGUGGCUCCGUCACUGUGCGCAUGGUGCCCGCGCCCAGGGGUUCUGGCAUCGUCGCCGCGCGCGUGCCCAAGAAGGUGCUGCAGUUCGCUGGCAUUGAGGAUGUCUUCACCUCGUCCCGUGGCUCCACUAAGACCCUUGGCAACUUCGUCAAGGCAACCUUCGACUGCCUGAUGAAGACCUACGGCUUCCUCACUCCUGAAUUCUGGAGCCAGACCAAGUUCUCCAUGGCCCCGUUCCAGCAGUACACCGACCUGCUGGCAAAGCCCACCAAGGGCCUUGUGCUCGAGGCCCCAACUGAGACAGUAGAGGCUUAGGAUGGUUUGAGUGGAGAGCUCUACUCGUCGGGUGCUUGUCUAAAUGCGGUAUCUAUAUUAUAGCUAAGAACUGCCGGAGUCGAUUUUGGGUUCUGUUUUGUCCUGGAUGCUGUUCUGUACUGUCAAGUUUUGGAUUAUGCUAUGGCACUUUUUAUCGAUGAAUGCUACAUAAUGAUCUCAUGAUAGUGUUUUUUUCA